AGCAUGAGUGGAAGCGGCAUAAGUGGUGUGCCUGAAAAUAAAUAAGAAAGAAAACUAGUUAUAUUAACCUGACCUGUUGAAACUGUACCCAUUUUUAACGAUUGGUUUCAAAGGACAAACAGCAAAAUGAGUUUGCUCGCCAAAAUCGCUGAAAUCGAGAACGAGAUGGCUCGGACUCAGAGGAACAAGGCCACGGCACACCACCUGGGUCUGCUGAAGGCUCGCUUGGCGAAGCUGAGGAGAGAACUCAUUACUCCUAAAGGAGGUGGUGGAGGAGGCACAGGAGAAGGUUUUGACGUAGCAAAGACAGGUGAUGCUCGUAUUGGGUUCGUGGGUUUCCCCUCGGUGGGGAAGUCCACUCUGCUCAGUAACCUGGCGGGCGUUUACUCUGAGGUCGCCGCGUACGAGUUUACAACGCUCACCACCGUGCCGGGUGUCAUCCGCUACAAAGGAGCCAAGAUCCAGCUCCUGGAUUUGCCAGGUAUCAUCGAGGGAGCUAAGGACGGCAAGGGCAGAGGUCGACAGGUCAUUGCAGUGGCUCGAACCUGUAACCUCAUCCUCAUCGUGCUGGACGUUCUGAAGCCUCUGGGACACAAGAAGCUGAUAGAGCACGAACUGGAGGGCUUUGGCAUUCGUCUCAACAAGAAACCCCCGAACAUCGGCUUCAAGAAGAAAGACAAGGGUGGCAUCAACUUCACGGCCACAUGUGCGCAGAGUGAGCUGGACGGGGAGACGGUGAAGAGCAUCCUGGCGGAGUACAAAAUCCACAACGCCGACGUGACCCUCAGGAGCGACUCUACCGCCGAUGACCUCAUCGACGUGGUGGAGGGAAAUCGGGUUUACAUUCCCUGUAUUUAUGUGCUGAACAAAAUCGACCAGAUCUCCAUCGAGGAGCUGGACCUCAUCUACAAGAUUCCCCACUGCGUCCCGAUCUCCGCCCAUCACCGCUGGAACUUUGACGACCUGCUGGAGAAGAUCUGGGACUACCUGCAUUUAGUGCGCAUCUAUACCAAACCGAAAGGCCAACUUCCUGACUACACCGCUCCAGUGGUCCUUCCAAACGGACGGACGUCUGUGGAGGACUUCUGCCUAAAGAUCCACAAAAACCUAAUUAAAGAGUUCAAGUAUGCCUUGGUGUGGGGGUCGUCGGUGAAACACAACCCCCAGAAGGUGGGAAAAGACCACGUGAUGGAGGACGAGGAUGUCAUUCAGCUGGUGAAGAAAUAAAGGGAGGGAUGGAAAUCCACCCGACGGAGAAGGAAAAAGACUCUUGAGAAGCUUUGCAUGAUCGUUUCGUUCUUAUGAAGGAGCGAUGAACACGCCCCCCCCCCCCCCCCCCCCCCCCC